AUGGUUACCGAGAGGAAAAUGACUCCUGGUGACAGAGCAGGCGAAAGGAAUAAGCACGAGCAAUGGCAGUCCGACAUCCCGAAGAGCUGUGCAUUGACACGUGAACAAUUCUUUCUGUUUCCUUAUGAGGCAGAUUUUGUGUGUGAACCAGAUCCAAAUAUCAUAGCUUCAGCAAAAUUUCAACAACUUCGUCUAGAAUUCCUUGUGGCCGUAGAAAAAAUUAGAAGGGAAACAGAGGCAGCAAAGGUCAAAUACAGGCAGUUCAGUCAACAGUCUCGAGUACAAGCAGGAGGGCAACACUGCCAACAGAGUAGUUCCCAGCCUCCAAACACAGGAGAGCUCCAAAACAGUCACCAGACUCCACACACAGAAGAGCUACAGAGUUCUCAUCCAGCUGCCCCGAUAUGCUCUGGAACCUCAGGAACAAAACAGAUCUCACAACAUUGUGGUACUCCUGAGUUAGAAUCUUACACUGAAAACUUAUUAACAGUGCCUCCCCCAAGUUUAACAGCAGUUUCAAAUUAUAAAGACAAAACUUGUGCUUCAUUGGCUGAAGGUCCAGUUCAUUUCCAAAAGGCACAUGAAACAGAAAAUGCAGGAACAGCAACAACUUCAGUGGCUGGCCCCAGGAUAGAUCUUCCUGAAUUGUCAGUAAACUGGAGAACCGGCGGGGCAAAUUUUGGGGGACAACUUCCAACAAUGGAAAAUCAGGGACUCCCUCUUUCUCUGGAUUCCAAGUUAAGUUUUGGUGUUUCUGAUGAUGUUUUUAGCACAAUUAAUGACUUGGAAAGUAGACCAAAUUUAACGUUCAGUAGAAAAGGGCGAGGAAGCAGGACGGACCCUAAUAGUACACUAUGUAAAGUCGCCAAACUGUCCUCGACUGCUUCUGUGCAUUCAGACAUGGGCGAGUUUUCAGGUCAGAGUUUGACUCAUUCCACUGGGGAGGGAACCAGUGCUAGUGAAUCUGAUGAUACGAGUUUGUCCACCUCCUCAAACCGCUCGCAGGGGGGAAAAUGUAAACGGUACAAGCGAACUCAGGAAGCGUUACAAAGCUCGGGACUUCUGGACGUGACAAUGAAGACAGCCGAGCUAAUGAAAAGAAAUAGGCAGCUACAAAAAGACAUUCGGGAUUUCAAACAAGAAACGGUGGAGUUUCUCAAGACUGUUUUACAGAAUCCCGAAAAUAGUGAAUAUGCUAAAGUUAUUCAUGGCAAAAAAAAUGGACAUUAGAUAGUCAUACAUAUAUGGGUAUUGGGUUAAAAAGGGGAAUAAAUCAAAAUGAAUGGAAAUUUCAAGAAUUUUACAUUAGUAAUAAUUACAGUGGACCUUCAGAUAUCCGGACCCCAGAUAUCCGGAUGCUUCAGUAUCCGGACGACUUUUCAUCGGAACGAAAUUUGUAAAUGUAAUUUAAUCCUGUUUUACUGGUGAUUCAGGUAUCCGGACGCUUCACAUAUCUGGACAAAUUGACGGGGAACCAAAGCGUCCGGAUAAAUGAGGCUCCACUGUAAUCGUAUUACAUAUUCAAAUAUUUAUUUGGCGAUAUAUUUUAGAUUUAGUUUGUAAUCAGUAUACAUGUACAAAAGCAUAUAAAUUUAGAGUGAAAUAAGGCUAUAAUUCUGUAGAUUUGAAACUUAGCUCAAAAACUGCUGAACGAAUGGUUAUGAAUAAUAGACUGUACAUUAAAUAAGCUUAUAUUAAAAUCUGAAUUUUUAAUAUUGAA